GAACAGCAUUUUCGACCCACUUGUCUGGGAACGUCGCUCUCAGAAAGGUCAUUCGCCGCUCAGCCCUGCAUCUCGGCCCAUUUCGAUCAUCUUGCGUCCAUAGUCGUCAUAUGAACGCGAAGCCUUUCGUCACCAUGCAGCGUACAUAUGAGGAUGCAGUUCAAGCCCUGAACAGCCUCCAGACAAAUGCGGCAGUGCUGGAGCAGCUCCGAAAGGCGGGGAAUGCCAUGAACCAGCGGAGCAUGCCUGAGAUGAUACAAUACGUGGAGCGGAUUGGAUAUAAGGUUUCGGAUUUAAACAAACUGAAUGUGGUGCACGUAGCGGGAACGAAAGGGAAAGGCUCUACUUCUGCCAUUAGCGAUUCAAUACUGCGAAGAUUACGACGAGUCGACAACGGAGGGGUGGAACGAAAUAUCAAAACAGGACUCUUCACAUCACCGCACUUAAUUGAAGCACGCGAGCGGAUACGAAUCAAUGGAGAUCCGAUUGAAAAGCAGCUUUUCGCCAAAUACUUCUUCGAAGUUUGGGAUGCUCUGGGAGCGUCUCGCGCGACAGCACCUGGUUUUGAGAAUACCCCACAGCGACCACAAUACUUCAGAUACUUGACUUUGAUGGCCAUUCAUACAUUCCUGCAGGAACAAGUUGAUGCAGUGGUCCUUGAGGUCGGCAUGGGAGGCGAAUACGAUUCUACAAACGUAGUCGAAAAGCCAAUCGUGUGCGGAAUAACCGCGCUCGGGUACGACCACACACCACUACUGGGAACGACACUUGCCGAAAUCGCAUGGCAUAAAGCGGGCAUCAUGAAGACUGGGGUUCCAGUGAUUUCUGCUCCGCAACCCGCGGAAACGAUCCCAGUGUUGGAGAAACGCGCUGAGGAACGACAAGUAGCACGAUAUGCAGUCAUUGACUCAAAAGACUUUGAAUAUGUACAAAAGCGAAAGCUUGGUCUGCCAGGAGCAUACCAGCAAGCGAACGGCGCGCUAGCCGUCCGAUUAUGCCAGGCCUGGAUCGAGGACCAGAAGAUCAAGGGCGUACAGUUUGUCAACGAACAGGCAGCGAUUGAUUCGGGGUUGGAGAAUGCCAAGUGGCCUGGCAGAGCGCAGAAAUAUGUGACACCGGAUCAUCCUGGCGUGACUUGGUAUCUGGAUGGAGCGCAUACCAAGGAGAGCAUGCAGGUCUGCGCAGAUUGGUUCGAACAGGAGCAACAAGGAUCAGUUCCAUCUACAGAUGGACAAAGCAGGGUCCUCAUAUUCAACUGCACAAAAGGUCGUGACGGUAUCGUCUUACUCAAAUCCUUAGUGGACUUGCACCGAUCCUCGCUCCCGUUCUCCCGCGUAAUCUUUUGCUCCAACGAUGCGUACCGGCCAGACUUCGGGCCUCAACGGGUAGAUCAAAUCAACAACACAGUAUUCCGAGACGAAGAGCUCUUGAUUCAGAAGGAGCUCGCAGCCGCCUGGCGCACGCUGAGCGGCAGCGAAGGUGGCGCGGCAAAGGAGGUUCCGAUCGAAAUCCAGCCCAGCAUCGACGACGCCGUGCGGUCGAUUGUCACGGAUACGAAUGCGAAGCAAAAUGUGCUCGUGACAGGCAGUUUGUAUCUCAUCGGCGGACUUCUUACUGUUUUGAAGGCACCCACUAUGUAGAAUGAGCCCCGGCGUAGCUUAUCAAAUCUAUACUUGCGAAGCCCAGACAUGUCUUCAUAGAAUCAGACAGACAGGUUUCGGCAAUCUAGAAAUAGUCUAUUCGAGAUUCUCCACCAAGGAAGUGGAAAACUAUCGUGGAUCACCACACAGACGCCGCGUCUCAUCGCUAAUGAUCU